AUGAACCAUUUGGGUGUGAGUGUCUCACCAAAUAGCGUUAUAAAAACCCUUGAUUGUGUGGGAGAAAAUUUUGAAAAGAACAGAGUAGCUUGGAAUUCAAAAAUCAUUACACACCUUAAAGAGGAACUUGAAUUAACAUCUCAAAUAGAACAAUUGAACAAUGAAAAGAAUGAUUUACAGAAAAAGCUUGGCACACCUGGGCUUGGAAAUGAUAACAAAGAGCUCAACAAAGAAUUAAAAAGAGUUUGUGAUGAUUACAAUAAGGAAGAGGGAAAAUUAGUAUCUCAGAGAGGUGGACAUCCUCCUACUUAUUGUGCAGUCAUUGAUAACUUUGACCUUAGAAUCGAAGCUGCAGACAUGACCUCAGACAACCAGACGAAAGAUAUUCACUGGUGUAAUCACAGUGUCAUUUUGGACAAAGUUUCAGCACUUGAUAGUGCAGAUGAAAAACCCAUUGCAAAUAUUCUUGAUGUCCCAAAUGCAACUUUUGUACCAAAUGUUACUGAUCAAUGUAAUAUAUUCAAAGAUUUUAUUGUCCUGGUCUCACGUGUUUUUCUUGAACAUUUUUCAAAAUUUCAAAACACAUUCAAAUAUGUUGUUCCUCAGCAUAUUCAGCAUAAAUAUUAG